CAGGUGAUAUUAUGGACGUGCAAGCCUUCGCGCGAUUAUCAAAAAAGCUGUCGAAGGCCCCGAAGAAGAAGAAGGAGGAAGGGGGACCCUCGAACCAACUCUUCGUCGACGAUGUUCUCAAGAAGGCUGGGGCCUCCAAAACUCCGGAAACUAAGGAACCCCCCAAGGAGGUUGCUGCUGGUGACACCGGUGUUGGUGCCGGAGGCUCCCAAGCCGGGGAGCUUAAGAGAAAAAACACCGGGAAGGGCUCCAAGCCUCCGGUGACUAAGAAGCAGAGGGGGGCCGAUGAAGGUAAGGGUGCCCCCCUCGUGAUCCUUGAAGAGCCCUCCCCCUCUCAUCUGGUGGACCUUGACGAGGGGGCCUGGCCGCAAGAGACGGUGCGGUUCUCCUUUAAGAAGGGGACUGCCAUCGUGCACGGCACCCUCGAUCCGAGGGAAUAUCUGAAGGGUGCCACUCCCCCUUUGGAUUGCUCGACCCUCGGUAAGUUCGAGGACGAAGCCCUCGAGCGAAGAGCACUCGAGGCCUCGGUCACUGCCAGCCUGGCCUUCGGAGAGUAUGUCCGGAGGAUGGAACAGGUGCGUUUGGACAAGGCAAAAAAUGACGCUGCCCUGGAGAAACUCAUCAGGGACCAUUCUGAGGCCAUCAGAUGUUGCGCCGAGCUGGAGCUGGCCCUUAAGCAGUCGGGGGAGAAGCUCAAAGAGGCAGAGGAGAAGGCCCGAGCCGAGGGCAAGGCUGAAGCUGAGAAGGCGGCUGCUGAGGCCUCAAUGAAAGCCGCCGAGGAAGCGGCAAAGGCCAAGUCCGAGGCCGUCUCCAAAGCCGAGAAAGAUGCCGUUGCCGCCUUCCAAUCCGAGGGGUGGAAAGCAGAUGACUUAGAACCGUGGAGGGCCUCGGUGGUGGAGUCUUCAGUGGAUGCUUGGGUGAAAGGCCCCGGUGCUGAGUGGAUGGCCCUAAAGGGCAAAGAUUAUUUCGAUGGGGGCGAGUUCUUCACCCAGCGUCUCAUCUACCGGAAGCUGGCCGAGCAUUUCAAGAUUCCCAAGGACAAUUUCGAUCCUUCGGCUUAUGGUCUUCCUCCCCGGCAGCCUGAUGUGAGGGUCCCCCUCCCGGAGGGCGAGGAAAGGGUUCAGCUUGCGGACUCCGAGUUAAUGAGGGAGUAUGGCCUCCAUGAUGAAGAAGAUGCGGAGGAUGACGCAGCCUCGAAGCCGAGGGACGAGGCAGCUGCAGAAUCCCAAGCUUGAAUUUUCUAAGUAUAAUUGAAUGUAAUAGUGGUAGGCUCCGGCUUCGGCCUCGUAUGUAAACAAACAUCCUUUGUUAACACUCUGUUUUUUUUUUUUUUU